AUGCAUUUCAAGGCGACCCUGUUGGCCCCGGUCGCGUUGGCGGCGGCUGUUGUGGCCAGCAAGAAUGCACGAGAUGUCGAGUCAUGUGCACAGAUCUCCAAAUUGGUGGCAGAUGCCAAUGAUCAUCAGAUCAGCGCUAAAGUGCCUCAUGAUUUGGCACAGCAAUGCUUGAUGUCUAUGCCAUUCGAGUCCGGCCGGGCAGUGACGUUCUUGAAUCAAGCUCGAAAGUAUCUAGAGUUCCACUCGACACUGGACAUUCUCAAGGAUCCUCCUCCUGGCUAUACGAUGCCAUUUACUGAUCUCCUGGGAGGGAUCGAUUCGAUCCUGGAAAGGGCUAACAACAAGGGGUACUCCAGCCAAUUCGAGAUGGAUCUGGAAGUCUCUGAUCUCAUCAGAUCAGCAUACGAUAGUCAUCUGGCCUUCCAAUUAUGCUCACAGUCAAUAUUCAACUAUGAGAUCGAUCUGCCUCUCGUUUCUAUCUCAACGGAUGGUCUUGAACUACCGAAGGUCUUUACAUUGACCGAUGCGAAACUCCAGGAGAGCGGUGCUACUAACGUAUCACCCCUUGUAUCUAUCAACGGCACCGACGCGGCCGAAUUCCUUGCUUCAUAUGCAUCUGGCCAAAGUCUUCAGGACUGCGAUGCUCAGUACAACCGAAUCUUCCCAGCUCUCGCUCGCAGUGUCACUGGAACCCCCAUUGAUCAGAACGGCAUAUGGGCCAGCACUGCUGACUGGAGUGAUGGCUCCGAGGUAACUCUCAAGUAUGGCAAUGGGACCACUCAGACCGUGGAGAAGUACGCCGUUCCCAAAGAGAAAUAUUUCUCCUACGCAAACGGCACCAGUCUAUAUAAGGUCAACUGCAUUCCCCGAGGGCUCCCUACCGCCGAAUCUUCUUCGUCGACAGCAGAAGAGGCUUCCUCUCUGCCUGGACUCCCAGAUACACAAUGGCGCAAUUCUGCAAACACUAUUGCCGGUUAUUUCUCGAAUCUUACCGGACUCGAGGAUACUGGGAUUAUCUUCCUGCCCACUUUUUCCUCCAAUCCCGGGCAGGCAGCUCAAGUGGCCGUAGAUUUCCUGAACAACGCCACUGUCGCGGGGAAGAAGAACAUCUUGAUUGAUGUGGCAGCCAAUCCGGGUGGCUACCUGUCGAUUGGAAUCGAUCUGUUCCGGAUUUUCUUCCCAGAUGCCUUCCCGUAUACAGCAACUCGAUAUCGAGCGCACGAUACAUCCAAGUACCUCACUAAAGCAUUUUCACGCUCCACAACCCAGGACUCAAGCAAUACCUUUGCGUACAAGGAGAUGGUUGCUCCAGACCAGAAUACAGGAUUCAGCUCCUGGGAGGACCUUUACGGACCCAAUGAGGUCCUAGGAAGUUCUUCAUCAAGCUUGCUCGCCAACUUCAAUUAUUCUUCUACUUCCAGUGAAAACUAUCCAAUCAACGGAUAUGGGCCUAUUCCGUUGAAUCCCGAUAAAUCACUAUUUCCCGCUGAGAAUAUUGCUAUCAUUACCGACGGAGAUUGCGGCUCAACCUGCGCCUUCUUCGUCAAACUUAUGAAGCGCCAAGGUGUGCGCACCAUCACAUUCGGUGGCCGUCCCAACGAAUCCACAAUGCAAGGCGUGGGCGGCACAAAGGGUGGCCAAUCCCUCGGAAUCAACUACAUCAACGGCUACAUCCAGCAAGCCAACCAGCUGAUCCAAAACUCAACGGGCAGCUCCUCUCCUCUCUUGACAGAUGACGAAUGGAAGAAAUUCAACGAUUCAUCUCCCAGCUUAGCCACCUCGUUUGCCUGGAGUGGAAGUGUCAAUCUACGAAACGAAUAUGAUCCAGACGAUGAUCAGACUCCGCUGCAAUUCGUCUAUGAAGCGGCAGAAUGCCGGCGCUUUUAUACAAUUGAUAACUAUCUCCAACGGGAGACUGUAUGGCAAGAUGCUGCGAAGUCCAUGUUUGGUGAUGAGGGUUGUGUGAAGGGUUCGACUAACGGUAAAGGUAGCUUGGGUGCCUGA